AUGAGAGAGUAUUUUGCUUACCAUGUUCAAGAUAGAGUGAAUCAUUUCUCUUUGAUUCUUAAUGCCCGAAGACUUUUGCAACAGUUCUUGGUUGACGUAUAUACGAUGAUUGAAAGUGAACGAUUACUAUUCAUACGUAUGCAGCAAAAAAAACUGAGAUCUGAGACAUAUGAUAACCUUAAAAAGCUUCAACAAAAUGGUAAUCCAGAUAUGUCAAACGUUGGAACACGCGUACUACUACCGUCUUGGUUUACCGGUGGAUCGCGUUAUAUGAGGGAGAAUUAUUAUGAUGCGAUGGCCAUUUGCAAAUGGUUUGGCUACCCUGAUUUUUUCAUUACGAUCACUUGCAAUCCUAAAUGGCUGGGGAUUAAAAGAUUUCUAAAGGACACGAAGAUUAAUCCCGAGGAUAGGCCGGAUAUUUUAUGCCGAUUGUUCAAAAUUAAGCUUGACGCAAUCAUGAAAGACUUGCGAGAGAAAUCUUUAUUCGGCAAUGCAUCGGCAGUUGCUAUAGAGUUUCAGAAACGAGGGCUACCGCAUGCGCAUAUCUGUCUGUUCUUACAUGACGAAAGUAAGCUUCCUUCGGUUGAGCAUGUUGACAACUUCAUUUCUGCCGAGAUACCUGACAAAAACUUAGAACCAGAUCUAUAUACUCUUGUCAGCGAGUAUAUGAUUCACGGACCUUGUGGUGUUGCAAAACCAAAUUGUCCGUGUAUGGUCGACGGUAAAUGUUCGAAGAAAUUUCCUAAGAAGUUCUGUGAUAAGACUUCUCUAGAUUCUAAUGGUUAUCCGGUAUAUAGAAGAGCCGAUUCAGGUGUUUUUGUUGAGAAAUCUGGUAUUCAGCUUGAUAACAGAAGUGUGGUUCCGUAUAGCAAAACCCUAUUGAGACGUUAUCAAGCACACAUUAACGUCAAAUGGUGUAACCAGGCUGCGUCUAUUAAGUAUUUGUUUAAAUACAUUAACAAAGGACCAGAUAGGGCUGAAUUUGGUUUUGUACCAAAUGGUGAUGAAGGUCAGCUUGAAGAUGGAAAAGAUGAAAUCAAAGAGUAUUACGAUUGUAGAUAUUUCUCGGCGUGCGAAGCUUCAUGGCGCAUAUUUGCAUUUGAUGUUCAUUAUCGUUAUCCAUCUGUAAUCAGGCUUCCGUUUCAUCUACCUGAUAAACAAAACGUUAUAUACGGCCCUGAUGACGAAGUUGAUAGUGUUCUAGAAAAACGUUCUGUUUCUUCUACGAUGUUUUUGGGGUGGAUGGAAAAGAACGAAAAAGAUCUGUUGGCGCGCAGCCUUACUUACGUUGAGUUCCCAACUAAAUUUGUUUGGAAGAAGGAUGAAAGGAUAUGGGAUAAACGCAUAAUAGGCAAAACCAUUGGUCGUAUUCAUUGUGUGAAUCCUUCUAUGGGCGAGUCAUACUUUUUAAGAAUUCUUCUUAAUAAGGUAGUAGGUCCUAAGUCUUUUGAAGACAUUCGUACUGUAAAUGGACAAGUCUUCCCAACAUUUAGAGAUGCGUGCUACGCUAGAGGCCUUUUAGACGACGACAAGGAGUAUAUAGAAGCUAUCAAAGAGGCGUACUACACAGGUUCUGGUUACUAUCUUCGUAAUCUGUUUGCUACAAUGUUGGCGUCUAAUACCUUAUCAAAGCCUGAACAUGUUUGGGAAAACACAUGGGAGUACCUUGCGGAUGGUAUUUUAUACAAUCGGCAAAAGCUUUUGAGGAUCGAAGGUUUAUCUCUUCCAGAAGAACAAAUAAGGAACCUAACGUUGUUGGAAAUUGAGCGUUACUUAUUACGUAGCAACUCAAGUUUAAGUCGGUUUCCGUCUAUGCCUCAACCCGACAGUGAAUCAAUAUAUUCAGCAGACAACCGUUUAAUUGCUGAUGAGCUUAGGUACGAUGUAAGCGCUAUUGCAAUUGAAUUUGAUAAUAAUUUAAGCAGCCUAACCGAUGAGCAGCGUUUAGUGUUUGAUGAGAUAAUUGAAGCAGUUAAUAGUAAUGCUGGUUGUUUGUUCUUCGUAUAUGGCUACGAAGGUACUGGUAAGACGUUUCUUUGGAAGACAUUAUCUACAUCCAUUAGAUGUAAAGGCGAUAUUGUACUAAAUGUUGCAUCAAGUGGAAUCGCAUCUCUGUUGUUACCUGGUGGGCGUACUGCACAUUCAAGGUUUCAUAUACCUCUAAAUUUAAUAGAAACCUCGAUGUGUUUUAUUAAACCCGAUGAUGACGUUGCUGAUUUACUGAAGAAAACAAAAUUGAUCAUUUGGGAUGAAGCACCGAUGAAUCAUAAACAUGCGUUUGAAGCACUUGACCGAACAAUGAAAGAUAUCUUCAAAUGUGAGAUGACAUUUGGUGGAAAAGUUAUGGUCUUCGGUGGUGACUUUAGACAAAUACUUCCAGUUGUACCAAAUGGCAGUAGGCGAGAUAUCGUUAAUGCUUCAAUCACGUCGUCGUAUAUUUGGAGUAGUUGCAAGGUCCUUACGUUAACCAAAAACAUGAGGUUAACUGUAGGAGCGAACGCAUCUGAUAUAGAGGAGAUUAAAGGUUUUGCGGAUUGGUUGCUUGACUUGGGCGAGGGAAAGAUCGGUGACAGUGAUGAUUGUGAGGUGGCUAUAGAUAUUCCUGAAGAUUUAGCUAUUCUGGCACCAACAAACGAGGUUGUUCAAGAAAUAAAUGAAAAAUUGCUUGAUUCGUUUCCUGGCGAUGAAGUGGAGUAUCUGAGUUCUGAUAGUAUUUGUCAAACCGAUCAAGGAAAGAAUGAAGCAAAUGCGACACUAUAUUCUCCCGAUGUUCUAAAUGGUUUAAAAAUUUCUGGUCUGCCUAAUCAUCGAUUAGUCCUUAAAGUUGGUGUACCUGUAAUGUUGCUUCGUAAUAUCGAUCAACAAAAUGGUUUGUGCAACGGUACAAGACUACGGAUUACUAAACUUUAUAAACAUGUUAUAGAGGCGGAGAUUAUAUCCGGAGGAAAUAUAGGGACCAGAACGUUUAUUCCACGAAUUAGUUUAGCACCGUCGGAUAAAAGAAUUCCUAUCAAGUUUCAACGACGACAAUACCCUAUAAAUGUAUGUUUUGCAAUGACUAUAAAUAAAAGUCAAGGACAAUCUCUAUCGAUUGUUGGAUUGUAUUUGAAAUAUCCAGUUUUCUCUCAUGGUCAGCUUUAUGUUGUGUUAUCAAGAGUUAAAAGCAGAGGCGGUGUGAAGUUGCUUAUACUAGACAAAGAUGGGAAUGUAACGAGUAAAACAACAAAUGUAGUCUACAAGGAAGUUUUUUCCGAAAUUUGA